AUGGUGAGGAAAAGCAAAGAAGUCAACGCGGAGGUCAACUGUAUCUCUAGCGUUGACAUCAUCUCGACCGCCUCGCGCCUUCCAGCUGAUGGGGACCGUGAAACCGCUCUCUGCAAGUGGGUGAAGCACAGGAAAGAGCAGGAGCAGUUGCAACUUGGUCUGUCAUUUUUGAACCUGAAGGUGCACGGUUUUCUCUCACCCACAAAUUACCAGCACACAUUCGGGAGCUAUGUCCUCGCGGUACCAGAGUAUCUUAGAUCUUUGGUUGGGAACCGUCAUGAUUCGAAGGUGCAGAUUCUGCAUUCCAUGGACGGAUUAGUGAAAAGUGGAGAAAUGCUUCUCGUGUUGGGGAGACCAGGAAGCGGGUGUUCAACAUUUCUGAAGACGAUUGCGGGAGAUACACACGGGUUUGUCGUUAGCGAUGAUUCCAACCUCAAUUACGAGGGGCUUUCGUACUCCGAGUUGCACGGCCAGUGCAAAGCGGAGUCAGUAUACGUCGCGGAGCUCGACGUUCACUUUCCCGAGUUGACACUUGGUCAGACGCUAGCAUUCGCCGCAAGUGCACGGUCGAAGAGGUCCAACGCAUCCAACUAUGUACAAGACUCCAGUCAAUGGGUCGCAUCAAUGUUCAAUUUGAAAGAUGCCUUCAAUACGCCAAUGGGGAACGACAUGAUCCGAGGUGUGAGCGGAGGUGAGAAGAAGCGCGCAAGCAUUGCAGAGGCCUUCAUGGGAGGAAGUCAGAUCCAAUGCUGGGAUAAUUCUACCCGGGGCCUUGAUAGCUCGACGGCCUCAGAUUUCAUUGCCAUUUUGAGAGGUUUGGCAGAUGAACUGGGCUCCACCAUCCUAGUGAGCGUGUAUCAGGCUUCCGAAGCCAUCUACAAAACUUUCGACAAAGUCAUGCUGCUAUAUGAAGGUCGCCAGAUCUACUUUGGAACAACUGCCUCCGCCGUUCAGUACUUCACGUCCAUGGGUUUCGUGAAACCCGCAAAAGUCACGAGCGCUGACUUCUUAACGUCCUUAACAAAUCCUUCUGAGCGCCUUGUAGCCCAUGGCUAUGAAUUACAGGUACCGCGAACCGCCGAUGACUUUGCCAAUAUGUGGAAGCAAAGCUUAGAGCGGGGACUCAUCUGCAGGGACAUUGAAGAGUUCAACCAUCAGAACCCUUUAAAUCCGGGUAAUUUGAAACAGUUUCUCCAGGAGAAGAGUAGGAUUAUUGGUGUUCCAAGAGCUCUACGUUCCCCGUACGCCAUUUCCACAAUGCAGCAAGUGGCUAUUUGCGGAAAGAGAGCCUUUCAACGACUCGCCAACAACUCGGGGCCAACCAUAUCUGGAGUCAUUGGAAACGCCAUCAUUGGUAUUAUCGUUGGCAGCGUUUUCUAUAACCUUGGGGAUUCAAGCGCUAGUGUAGAUAGCCGAGCGUUGCUUCUCUUUUUUUCUAUUAUGCUCAACGCAUGUACAAGUGGCCUCGAGAUUCUAACGAUUUGGGCUCAACGACCUAUCGUUGAGAAACAGUCACACUAUGCAUUUUGCCAACCUUUCACCGAAGCCUGCGCUUCAAUGAUCUGCGAUCUACCCAACAAGAUCCUCACUUCUCUCCUUUUUAACCUCGCUCUCUAUUUCAUGACGAAUCUCCGACGGACUCCUUCUGCUUUCUUCAUCUUCUACCUGUUCAGUUUUGCGGCAUUACUCACCAUGUCCAUGGUAUUCCGAAUGAUGGGAAGUCUGUCGAAGAGAAUCGAGCAAUCCAUGGCCCCAGGAGCGAUUAUGGUUCUUAACUUCAUUAUUUAUACCGGAUUUGUAGUCCCAAUCCCGUAUAUGGUGCCUUGGUUUGGGUGGAUUAGAUUCAUCAAUCCUAUUGCGUACGCCUACGAGAGCUUGAUGAUCAAUGAGGUGAGCAUCGCUGCCACCGUUCCAUCUGGUCCUGACUAUCAAGGUGUUACCGGUACCUCGUUCAUUUGCCCAGCUGUGGGCGCGAGGCCAGGCGAAAACUUCAUCGAUGGUACAGCAUAUCUUUGGAGCAAGUUCAGGUACCCGACAAACCACCUCUGGAGAAAUCUUGCCCUGAUGGCAGCUUUGAUGGUCGGAUACUGCGCCAUAUAUCUACUUGCCGUUGAAUAUGUCCCAGCGGAACGAUCGAAAGGAGAAAUCUUGCUCUUUAAGCACCGUAUUCUUCAGAAUAAGAAAAUGAAGAACUCAAUCGACGAGGAGACCAACGCCUCUGUCAUUACCUUGGUAGAAUCGAAACGGAAGGAUUCGGCUUUGAGGGACUCAACGGAGGACACUCCGGAGUGUCGAGCAGUGCAAAAUCAGACGGCUGUACUUCAUUGGAACGAUGUAUGCUACGACGUUAAAGUCAAAAAGAACGAAACUCGAAGGAUCUUAAAUGCAGUAGACGGUUGGGUUAAUCCCGGAAGUCUAACUGCACUUAUGGGUGCUACCGGGGCCGGUAAAACCACCCUGUUGGACGUUCUAGCGUCCCGGGUUUCGACUGGUAUCGUAACGGGUGACAUCUUCGUCGACGGCCAACCUCGACGGACGAGCUUCCAACGCCAAACGGGAUACGUGCAGCAAGCAGACAUCCACUUACAGACUUCGACCGUUCGCGAAGCUUUGGCUUUCAGUGCAGUUCUUCGACAACCGAAAACUCGCUCCAUGCAGGAGAAGAUAGAUUAUGUUGAUCAUGUAUUAGAACUCUUGGAAAUGGAGGCCUAUGCAGAUGCCGUUGUGGGAGUCCCAGGAGAAGGUCUCAAUGUCGAGCAACGCAGACGCCUGAGCAUUGCUAUUGAAAUGGCUGCCCGACCAGAACUCCUCCUCUUUCUAGACGAGCCCACAUCUGGUCUCGACAGCCAAACGGCGUGGUCAAUCUGCACGCUUCUUCGCAAGCUCGCCAACAAUGGUCAAGCAGUCCUAUGCACCAUUCAUCAGCCGUCUGCCCAGCUUUUUGAUAUGUUCGAUCGGCUGCUCCUUCUAGAGAAAGGUGGUAGCACACUCUAUUUCGGUGACAUUGGCGCGAAUGGGAUGAAGAUGGUUCGCUAUUUCGAGAAGCAUGGUGCCCGAACUUGCAAGUACCAUGAGAAUCCUGCUGAGUGGAUGCUGGAUAUUACUAGUGCGACACAACCUUCGGAAAACACGAUCCCAUGGGCCGACGUCUGGUAUUAUAGCGGUGAGCGACAUAAAGUGAAGCUGCAGUUGAAGUUUCUCUCGGAUAGGCGGGCAUCAAUUACUGCCUUGCCCGAGCUUCCAUCGGAUCACUCGCAUGAAUUUGCGACAUCGCAUUCAAUACAAUUCGUCCAAGUCAUCUACCGAAUCUUCCAGGAGUACUGGAGAACGCCGUCAUAUCUCUACUCCAAGGUGGCGCUUUGCGUCGGUGCAGCACUCUUCAACGGUUUCUCAUUCUACGCGAGCUCUAAUGAUAUCCAGGGUCUCGUCAGCAUCAUAUUCUCCAUCUUCCUUCUCACAAACAUUUUCACGAGUGCCGACCAGCAAAUCAUCCCCCGCUUUCUGGGCGGUCGCGCAAUCUUUGAAGCCCGAGAAAUGAGAUCAAAAACAUACUCUUGGACUGUCUUCAUCUCCUCACACAUUGCUAUUGAGCUAGCAUGGCAGACAAUCAUUGCAGUACUCGUAUUCGUGGCCUGGUAUUAUCCUACUGGUCUAUGGCGAAACGGUGACUCGAGCUUUGGAAUGAACGAGCGCGCUGCUCUCGCCUUCCUGUUCAUCUGGAUGUUCUGCCUUUUCUCCUCAACGUUUUGUCAAGCAAUAGCCGCCGCUAUUGAGCAUGCGGAGACCGCGGUCAAUAUGGCAAACUUGUUCUUCUACCUAUGUAUCAUCUUUUGUGGUAUCCUCGUCAAGCCAGAUGACCUCCCUGAAUUCUGGAAAUUCAUGUACCGCGUCUCGCCUCUGACCUACUUCAUCCACGGAAUGAUAAGCGCCGGGAUUGGGAACACGUCCAUCACUUGCUCCUCAACGGAGGUUCUCCGCGUUAUGGCGCCUACUAACCGCACAUGCGGUGACUACUUUUCAUCUUAUGUCAUCUCCGCCGGUGCUGGUGGUCGAGUGAUGAACCCAUCGUCUACUACCGAAUGUCUCUUUUGCCCGGUGACAGAUGCGAAUACAGUCUUGAAGGGCUUUGGGGUCAAUGUUGAGGACCGAUGGGUAGAUUUUGGGAUAUUCGUUGUUUAUGUUGUUGUCAAUAUUGUGGCGACAUAUGCGUUCUAUUGGCUUGCGCGCGUACCCAAGGCGAAGAAGUCCUGA